ACCACACUUUUUCUUUCUCCUCCCCCUGUUGAACGGGAAAGCACAGGCAGUCAUUGAGGUUCGGACGGCCCUUCGGAUGCUCGGCCGAAGCGGGGAGGGGGCUGGAAGAAGCGGCUGCGGAUAUCCGUCUUUAUACCUGCCAGAAACGAACCCAAAAGGGGGGUCUUUGCGUUCGCCUGUGUUUUUUUUUUUCUUCCUUUUUCUGUGCUGUCCCCGCUGACGUUUUUUUUUUUCACUCGCUGAAAAAGAGACUCUGGUGUCGUAACGUGCUGCUGCUACCAGAGCAGCGCGGAGGAGAAAAAAAAUCUUUUUUUUUUCGAGGAUGCGGAUCUAAAGGAGAGACGUUAUCAGUGUCACCUGGGAGAUUUGUAACCGUCAGAUUUGAAAUUAGCGUAGCCGCGCGCGUGGUAGGAGAAGACGACAUAUUUAUUUAUUUGUGUUUUUUUCUGUUUGUUUCUUUCAUUCCCGGGGAAAUCUCCAAUAUAGUGACGUUACAGAAAAGACUGCCUUUUUUUUUUUUAUAAGAAGACGGAUAAAUAAGGGAUUGAAUGUGUUUUCCCCAAGCCUCGACACCAUGAGCACAAUCUCACCAACAGAUUUCGACAGCUUGGAGAUCCAGCAGCAGUACAAUGACAUCAAUAAUCGCUGGGACCUGGCAGCAGAGACUGACUGGGACAAUGAGAACAGUUCGGCACGUCUCUUCGAACGCUCUCGCAUUAAAGCUCUCGCAGAUGAGCGUGAAGCUGUGCAGAAAAAGACAUUCACCAAAUGGGUAAACUCUCACUUAGGUCGAGUGACUUGUCGCAUUGGUGACUUGUAUACAGACCUGCGGGACGGCCGUAUGUUAAUCCGUCUUCUGGAAGUCCUCUCAGGAGAACAGCUGCCAAAACCCACUAAGGGCCGCAUGCGUAUCCACUGCCUCGAGAACGUUGAUAAAGCCUUGCAAUUUCUCAAGGAGCAAAAGGUCCAUUUAGAAAACAUGGGCUCACAUGACAUAGUGGAUGGAAAUCACCGUCUCACCUUGGGUCUCAUAUGGACCAUAAUCCUCCGUUUUCAGAUCCAGGACAUCAGUGUGGAAACAGAAGACAACAAGGAGAAAAAGUCAGCCAAAGAUGCCCUCCUGCUUUGGUGCCAAAUGAAAACUGCUGGAUAUCCUAAUGUCAACAUACACAACUUCACUACCAGCUGGAGAGAUGGCCUGGCGUUCAAUGCCAUCGUGCACAAACACAGGCCUGACCUGAUUGAGUUCGACAACCUGAAAAGGUCCAAUGCUCAUUACAAUCUUCAGAAUGCUUUCAAUGUGGCUGAGAAGGAAAUGGGGCUCACUAAACUACUGGACCCAGAGGAUGUCAAUGUUGAUCAGCCAGAUGAGAAAUCAAUCAUCACUUAUGUGGCGACCUACUAUCAUUACUUCUCUAAGAUGAAAGCCCUGGCAGUGGAGGGAAAACGAAUUGGCAAGGUACUCGACUAUGUGAUUGAGGCCGACCAAUUGAUAGAAAAGUACGAGACCCUGGCAUCAGAGCUGUUGCAGUGGAUUGAGCAGACCAUAGUGACGCUGAAUGAUCGGCAGCUGGCUAACUCUCUGAGUGGUGUUCAGAACCAGCUUCAAGCCUUCAACUCUUACAGGACUGUGGAGAAACCCCCUAAAUUUACAGAAAAAGGGAACUUGGAGGUUCUUCUCUUUACCAUCCAAAGCAAAAUGAGAGCAAACAAUCAGAAAGUUUACAUGCCAAAAGAAGGCAAGCUCAUCUCUGAUAUAAAUAAGGCUUGGGAACGACUGGAAAAGGCUGAACACGAACGUGAGCUUGCACUAAGGAAUGAGUUGAUUCGCCAAGAAAAACUAGAGAUGCUGGCGGCCCGGUUUGACCGCAAAGCAGCUAUGAGGGAAACAUGGCUGAGUGAGAACCAGAGAUUAGUGUCUCAGGAUAAUUUUGGAACUGACUUGGGAGCAGUAGAAGCUGCCACUCGUAAACAUGAAGCAAUCGAGACAGACAUCGGUGCAUACUGGGAGCGGGUUGCUGCUGUGGAGGCUGUCGCCAAAGAGCUGGAAGCAGAGAGAUAUCAUGAUGUGCGUCGCAUACUGGCUCGACGGGAUAACGUCCUUCGGCUUUGGGAAUACCUAAAAGAACUUCUGGCCGCUCGCAGGGAGCGUCUCAACGCACAUCGAGACCUGCAAAGAUUAUUUCAGGAGAUGCGUCACAUUAUGGACUGGAUGGCUGACGAAAAGGGUCGUCUGCAGUCUCAGGACAGUGGCAAACAUUUGCAUGAUGUUUUAGAUCUGCUGCAAAAACACAAUUUGGUGGAGGCUGACAUUUCCGCUCAGGCAGAGAGGAUAAAAGUAGUGCAAGGAGCCGCAAAACGCUUCACCUCCUACGACCAGGCUUACAAGCCUUGUGAACCUGGACUUGUUAGUGAGAAGGUUGAUCUGCUGGGUCAAGCUUAUGAGGAGCUUGGUCAACUUGCUGCGACACGCAGAGAGCGUUUGGAGGAUUCACGUCGACUCUGGCAGUUCGUGUGGGAUCUUGGUGAGGAGGCAGCCUGGAUCAGGGAGCAGGAGCAGAUCCUGGCUAGUGGCGACUGUGGGCGUGACCUCUCGUCUGCCCUUCACCUACUGAGUAAACAUGAGGCCUUCAGGGACGAGAUGGCCGCUCGCUAUGGCCCCCUUAGUAACAGCAUUGCUGCUGGAGAAGCUUUGGUUGAAGAGGGACACUUUGGAGCCCCUGAAAUCACUGAAAGGAUCCAAGACAUCCGUGGACAGUGGGCUCAUCUGGAGGAGACCACAAAGCUCAGAGAGCAGAGACUCAAGGAAUCUGUGGCUCUACAUCAGUUUCAAACGGAUGCCAACGACAUGGAGGCCUGGAUUAUGGAGACGCUUAGACAGGUGUCCAGUCAAGAGGUUGGCCACGAUGAGUUCUCCACCCAAACUUUAGCUCGCAAGCAGAGGGAAAUUGAAGAGGAGAUCCAAAGCCACCGCCCACUUAUUGACUCACUCCAUGAGCAGGCCCAAGCACUGCCACAGGCCUACAUUCAUUUCCCUCAAGUGGACGGACGUCUUCCUGCUAUUGAGCAGCGCUAUGAGGAGCUGGAGUCUCUGUCAGCUGCUCGGCGACAGGCUCUUGAAGGUGCCUUGGCGCUUUAUCGCAUGUUCAGUGAAGCUGAUGCCUGCCAGCUCUGGGUAGAAGAGAAGGAGCAGUGGUUAGAUGGCAUGGAGAUCCCUACCAAACUGGAAGAUCUAGAGGUGGUACAGCAGAGAUUUGAUACACUGGAACCUGAGAUGAACAACUUGAGUACGCGGGUCACUGAUGUGAACGACGUGGCUGAGCAGCUGCUGAGUUCAGACAAUUGUAACAAAGAUCAGAUCCACCAGACAAGAGACCAGCUGAACAACAGAUGGAAAGAGUUUGAGCAACUGGCUGGCCAAAAGAAACAAGCCCUGGAAUCUGCUCUUAACAUCCAGAACUACCAGCUCGAGUGUAACGAGAUCCAGACGUGGAUGAAAGAAAAGACCAAAGUGAUUGAAUCCACGCAGAGCUUGGGCAAUGACCUGGCUGGGGUGAUGGCACUUCAACGCAAGCUAACUGGCAUGGAGAGGGACCUUGAAGCUAUUCAAGGUAAAUUGGAUGAUUUGACAAAGGAGGCAGAAAAACUAGCCAGUGAGCAUCCAGAUCAAGCAGGAGAAAUCCAAGGACGGUUAGCUGAGAUUCAGGAGGUGUGGGAGGAGCUGAAUGCUACAAUGAAGCGACGGGAGGAGUCAUUGGGAGAAGCCAGCAAACUUCAGGGUUUCCUCAGGGAUUUGGAUGACUUCCAGUCUUGGCUGUCACGCACUCAGACAGCGGUGGCCUCUGAAGACAUCCCAACUUCCCUGCCUGAGGCAGAGUGUUUGCUUGCCCAACAUGAGGGCAUCAAGAACGAAGUUGACAAUUACAAGGAUGAUUACGAGAAGAUGCGGGCGGUUGGUGAGGAAGUGACCCAAGGUCAAACGGAUGUCCAGCACAUGUUCUUGGCCCAGAGGCUCCAGGCGUUGGACACUGGCUGGGAAGAGUUGCGAUGCAUGUGGGAGAACCGCCACAGUCUCUUGGCCCAAGCCUUUGAUUUCCAGACUUUCCUUAGAGAUGCCAAGCAAGCCGAAGCUUUCCUUAACAGCCAGGAGUACGUGCUGUCCCACACUGAGAUGCCCACCAGUCUUCAGGCUGCAGAAGAGGCCAUUAAGAAGCAUGAGGAUUUCCUCACCACCACAGAGGCCAGUGAGGAGAAGAUAACUGGUGUGGUGGAGGCUGGACGGCGCCUCAUUAAUGACUCCAAUGCAAACGCAGAUAAAAUUCAAGAGAAAGUUGAUUCAAUCCAGGAAAGGCAUCGUAAAAAUAAGGAUGCUGCAAAUGAACUACUUUCAAAGCUUAAGGAUAACUGUGAACUUCAGCGCUUCCUCCAAGAUGGACAGGAGCUGACAUUGUGGAUCAACGAGAAGAUGCUAACGGCACAGGACAUGUCCUAUGAUGAGGCCAGAAAUCUUCACAGCAAAUGGCAGAAACACCAGGCCUUCAUGGCAGAGCUGGCCUCCAACAAAGACUGGCUGGAUAAGAUUGAUAAGGAGGGCCAAGCGCUGGUGGCAGAGAAGCCCGAGCUGAAACCUGUUGUCCAGCAGACUUUAGAGGACCUGCAGGGUCAGUGGGAGGAGCUGGAGAGCACAACCCGCACCAAGGACCAGUGCUUGUUUGAAGCUCACAGAGCAGAGAUAUUUACACAGAGCUGCUCUGCUUUGGAUGACUGGCUGAAAAACAUUGAGAGCCAGCUGCACAGUGAUGACUAUGGAAAGGAUUUGACCAGCGUUAACAUUCUCCUCAAGAAGCACCAGAUGCUUGAGCAUCAGAUGGAGGUCAGAGAGAAGGAGGUGCAGUGCCUUCAGUCUCAGGCUGUUGCGCUGUCCCAGGAGGACGCAGGCAUGGCUGAGAUAGAUGGGCAGCAGAAGCGUGUCAUUGACAGUUUUUCUGGCCUUCAAGACCCUCUUAACCUCAGGAGACAGCAAUUACUGGCCUCUAAAGAAGCACAUCAGUUCAACAGAGACUUGGAAGAUGAAAUUCUUUGGGUGAAAGAAAGGAUGCCUCUGGCCACUUCCACUGAUCAUGGAAAAGACCUGCCCACUGUGCAGCUGCUAAUCAAAAAGAACCAGACGUUGCAGAAAGAGAUCCAGGGCCAUCAGCCUCGUAUUGAUGAGAUCCACCGACGAGGCGAGGCUCAGAGCCAGGUAGACGGUGAAAGGCAGUCGCUGCUGAAGGAUCGCCUCGUCGAGCUCAGGGAUCUCUGGGACCAGCUGAUUGCAGAGACAGACAAGCGUCGCGACCGUCUGAUAGAGGCCAAUCGCGCCCAGCAGUUCUAUGCCGAUGCAGCUGAAGCAGAAGCCUGGAUGGGUGAGCAGGAGCUGCACAUGAUGUCGGAAGAAAAAGCAAAGGAUGAACAAAGUGCUCUGGCAAUGGUCAAGAAACACCAGGUUCUAGAACAGGCCCUGGAGGACUAUGCCCAAACUAUUCACCAGCUGGCCAACAGCAGUCGUCUCAUGGUCAACAGCGAGCACCCAGAAAGUGAAAGAAUCACCUUACGACAAGCCCAGGUAGACAAGCUGUAUGCAGGCCUUAAAGACCUCGCAGAGGAGCGCAGUGGGCGUCUUCAGGAAAGCCUACGCUUGACCCAGCUGAAGCGGGAGGUAGAUGACUUGGAACAAUGGAUCGCUGAGAGGGAGGUGGUUGCUGGCUCCCACGAACUGGGACAAGACUAUGAACAUGUCACAAUGCUAAGGGACAAGUUUCGUGAGUUUGCUCGUGACACCAGCAACAUCGGCCAGGAGCGCGUAGAUGGUGUAAAUGAGUUAGCCGAUGACCUUAUCGAGUCCGGUCACCCUGAGAAUGCCAGCGUGGCAGAAUGGAAGGACGGUUUAAAUGAGGCUUGGGCCGACCUGCUGGAGCUUAUAGAUACACGCACGCAAAUGUUAGCAGCCUCUUAUGAGCUGCAUAAAUUCCAUCAAGAUGCUAUGGAGGUGCUUGGACGUAUUAAGGAGAAGAAGGAAACGGUGCCAUCAGACCUCGGCCGUGAUCUAAACACUGUCCAACAUCUCUACAGACAGCACAACACUUUUGAAAAUGACAUCCAGGCCCUCAGCGGACACGUUAACCAGGUGCAGGAUGAUGCAGCACGUCUGCAGAAGGCCUACGCCGGUGAAAAAGCAGAUGAGAUUCACAGGAGUGAAACGGCUGUGACGUCUGCAUGGCAGGUGCUGUUGGAGGCCUGUAAAUCCCGCAGGCUCCUCCUGCUGGACACAGUGGAGAAGUUCCGCUUCCUCAACAUGGUGCGAGACCUCAUGCUGUGGAUGGAUGGCAUCCACGUGCAGAUCGAUGCACAUGAAAGCCCAAGGGAUGUAUCAUCUGCUGGGUUGGUCAUUGCCAAUCAUCAGGACAUUAAAUCAGAGAUUGAGACCAGAGCAGACAGCUUUACUGCCUCCACCGAGAUGGGAAAUGCUCUCAUCGACAAAAACCAUUAUGCAUCUGACGAGAUCCGAGAGAAAAUGUCUCAGCUGCAGGAAAAGAGAGAUAAGAUCAACAAAAAGUGGCAAGACAAGAUGGACCAUUUACAAAUUGUGCUGGAGGUGCUGCAGUUUGGACGAGAUGCCAACGUGGCAGAGUCGUGGCUGGCAGGCCAAGAACCUCUUGUCCGGGCGGCUGAGCUGGGCGCAAAUGUUGAUGAGGUCGAGAGCCUAAUUAAGCGCCAUGAAGCCUUCGAGAAGCUCGCUUUAGCUUGGGAAGAACGCUUUGUGCAGCUCGAGAAACUCACAACACUCGAGGAGCAUGAGAUGCAGAGGAGGCGGGAGGAAGAAGAGAGAGCACGGCGACCCCCUACUCCUCAACCUGGAGAAGAGGUGGCGCAGUCUGAGGCAGAGAGUCGACCACAUGAUUCUGCAGCCAGAACAAGUCUGGACCAGACAACACUCAAUCAGUCAGUGUCGGUAAAUGGUGUGCACAGCGAUAACGACACAUCCCAGCAGUCAUUAUCGCAGUCGUUGUCAGUGGGAAAGAAAUCAGAGCCUAAGCGUGUGUGUAAGCCAAAACAGCUGGAGCGUGGCUCAGAGUCUGAAUCGGUUAAUGGACCAGGCAGAGACAGCGGCCUGGCGUCCUCUCGCUUCGAGCAGUCUGUCACACUACCAAGCAGAGCCGGUGCCGACUCCGAGCCAGAUACCAUGGAGGGUAUACUCUGCCGGAAACAGGAGAUGGAGUCCCACAACAAAAAGGCAGCUACCAGAUCGUGGCAGAAUGUGUACUGUGUUCUACGAAAAGGAAAUAUUGGUUUCUAUAAAGACAGCAAGAGUGCUAGCAAUGGUAUUCCAUACCAUGGAGAGGUGCCCGUUGGGCUGGAUGGGUCUGUGUGUGAAGUAGCCCACGACUAUAAGAAGAGGAAACACGUAUUCAAGCUCAGGCUAGCAGAUGGGAAAGAGUAUCUGUUCCAGGCCAAGGAUGAGACGGAAAUGAGUUCCUGGAUUCAGUCCAUUGCCAGCUCCAUCACGACAGGAUCAGGAGAUUCGCCGGGAGCUCCCCGACUUAGUCGUGCCAUGACGAUGCCCCCCAUCUCCCCAAGCUCAGGAGAAGCUGUCACCAUGCGCAACAAAGAGGGCAAAGAGAAGGAUCGUGAGAAGAGAUUCAGCUUCUUUGGCAAGAAGAAAUAGAACAUUUGUAAAUGGAAACAUCAAAAAUCGGAAAAUUCAACAGACUGAGGCAGGUAGACAGAAAGGUACACACAGGUCAUACAGACACACUGCUCUCAAGGCAGGCCCCGAAGAAUUGCCAACAGAUCUGUCAGUUGGAACGCCGACAACUUUAAUCAUUUCGAUUUCUUUUUGUUUUUCUUGCUUGCUGUUUUAUUCUCUUGUUUACUUUAUGUUCUCUCGAUCCAUACUUACCAUUCACAUUUAGCCCCCAAAACAGCUUCAAAUGAGCUUGUUAGCCUGAGCCAGUAACAACAGCUGGAAUGAACCUGUUAGAGCACUGAAACGGCUCGUCCUCAGCAGGAAUCCUCUCCCGGUUAUUCCCCGCUAACGGAGUCUCCAGCAAAACUGUGGAUCGUGGUUUUCCAGUCCUGUCAAGGAUUCUCUUUUGGGGGAGAUAACAUCCGUUUGUUUUUAUGUUCCUGGUAUUGAUGUUAUUACCUUGAUCAAUAUUAACAUUAUUAUUAAUAUUUAUCUUUUGCAAUUUAUGGUUUAAGAAGAAAACUGAUUAGGUAAUGAUCUGGAUUUAUGUUGUGGAGAGAAACAAAUUUGGUUCAACUAGUGGAGAAUGUUGGUCUUACCCUUGUAUUUUUUCUCUUUAGGAAAGAACAUUUAUGAGGUGUUUUGCAACAAAAAUAAAGCUCAAGUUUUA